AUGGACCUCACGCCGCCCCUGACCCGAUCACCUGCUUCAACCCCGAAAACAUACUGCCCAUCGGAGACUUCCUCUUCAGACUACCCCUCGCCCGGUUUGGUCGAGCAGCACUAUAGGAUCUCGUCCAUCUAUGAGCCUGAUGCUCCCUGCUCUAUGGCACCAGAGAAUUCACUCCCACCGCUUGACGGAAUGGCCCAGGGCGACUGGAACCCCUCCGCGGCCCUGCAUCCCUCCUUGACUACUGCCUCCAUGUCCAACGUGUUGAGUGCUGAAUACGACCCGUUCCACGCGUACGGUGGUCCUAUCCCUGGACCUUACUCCCACGAUGUUUACGGGAGCAACCCACACUCGCCGCCCCAGACCCUGGCUGUGUCACGCUCUCCAGACCCAUCCAUGCGAAGGGCCUCGUUGGCUUACCCACCCGUCCCAGCCUCUUCAAACCCGACGACGCCGAGGAUAAAGGCCGAGACACCAUCCGAGUACGAAAAUACCGAGGGCUCGCAGUACCCAUCCCCGCGUAUCACAAAUGCCCCGUUCCCGACAGCCAUGAGUCCUUACCCACCGCUGCCCUCGCUUGGACAACCGGCCAUACAGCCCACCGGCGGGUACGCAGCGGAGGGUCAUGCGACGGCCUGGGCCAAGUCGGAGCAGUAUCCCUUGGAGCCCGACCAUCUGUACCUGACCGCGGGCAGCCAGUCGCCAGCAGCCGUAUUCGGACAACAAGACGCAAGGCGGCCAGCACGGAUCGGGGGUCGGUCGCGACGGACACCGAGGAAGCUCACGACCAAGGAGGAGGCCAACUUCCAAUGCGAUGUGAAAGGGUGCGGCAAGCUCUUCAGCCGCAGCUACAACUUCAAGGCGCACAUGGAGACACACGAUGAGAAGCGGGAGUACCACUUCCCUUGCCAGAUCGAUGCCUGCACCAAGAAGUUUGUGCGCAAGACAGACCUCCAGAGGCAUCAUCAGAGCGUGCAUGUGAAGGAGCGCACCCACAAGUGCGACUACUGUGCGCGCAUGUUUGCCCGAAAGGAUACGCUACGAAGACAUAUGGAUGAUGGUUGCUCCAAGAGAUUCGACAUCGGCACAUUAGACUUGCGUGCCAGCGACGAGCAGAACGACUCGCGCACGCUGCCCCCUCUCGCGAUGCCGCCCCUGAACCGGGGCUCAUCUGAAAUGCAUCCAAGCUACUCGUGGGGCAGAUGA